GCGGGGAGGGCGCGGCCAUGGCUGGGGAUGGGGCAGAGGAGGAAGAUGAGGAGGGGGCAAUGCUGGCGGGGCCGCCGCCGCAGCCCAAUGGGUUCCUCCCGGGGAAGGAGGCCGAGCGCGGCAGCCCCGCGGCCGGGGCGGAUGCUGGGGCGCUCCCGGAGGCGCAGGCUAUGCUGCCUGCCCCGGACUCGGGCCCGGGCGUGGCGCGGGCGCCCAUCCGGCUCUCCUGGCGCAGGCUGGCGGUGCUGGCCGUGUUCAGCCUCUACUCGCUGCUGAACGCCUUCCAGUGGAUCCAGUACAGCAUCCUGAGCAGCGUCUUCGUGCGCUUCUACCGCGCCUCCUACACCCGCGUGGACUGGCUCUCCAUGGUCUACAUGGUGGCCUACGUGCCGCUCAUCCUGCCGGCCACCUGGCUGCUGGACACCCGCGGCCUGCGCCUCACCGCCCUGCUGGGCUCCGGCCUCAACUGCCUGGGCGCCUGGCUGAAGUGUGCCAGCGUCCGGCAGGACCUCUACCCGGUCACCCUGCUGGCCCAGACCGUGUGCGCGGUGGCCCAGGUCUUCAUCCUGGGGCUGCCCUCCCGCAUCGCCGCUGUCUGGUUUGGGCCCAAGGAGGUGUCCACUGCCUGCGCUGUGGCCGUGCUGGGCAACCAGCUUGGCACGGCAAUUGGCUUCUUGUUACCACCAGUUCUGGUUCCAAACACAGUUGAUGAUACUGAUCUAAUGGGGCAUAAUAUCAGCAUCAUGUUCUAUGGAACAGCAGCAGUAUCCACACUUUUAUUCUUAUUAACAGGAGUUGUGUUUGAUGAAAAGCCUAAAUUUCCUCCAAGCCAGGCUCAAGCAGUUCUCCAGGACGUUCCUCCUGAAGAUUACUCUUAUAAACAAUCAAUAAUUAACCUGUUCAGAAAUAUUCCUUUUGUGCUUUUGCUGAUCAGUUAUGGUAUGAUGACUGGGGCAUUUUAUUCUGUCUCCACAUUAUUGAACCAAAUGAUAGUAACACAUUAUCCGGGAGAAGAAGUGAAUGCUGGGAGGAUUGGCUUGACACUGGUGGUAGCAGGAAUGGUGGGUUCCAUUAUUUGUGGUUUGUGGCUGGAUUACACCAAAACUUACAAACAGACUACUUUAAUCGUUUACAUUCUCUCAUUUGUUGGAAUGACCAUAUUUACUUUCACCCUGGACAUUGGAAACCUUGUAAUAGUGUUUGUGACUGGAGGAGUGCUUGGCUUCUUCAUGACAGGUUAUCUCCCACUUGGCUUUGAGUUUGCUGCAGAAAUUACAUACCCAGAAUCUGAAGGCACUUCAUCAGGACUCCUUAAUGCUUCGGCACAGAUAUUUGGGAUUCUCUUUACGCUGGUUCAAGGAAAGCUCAUAACAGAUUAUGACCCUCGUGCAGGAAAUCUUUUCCUCUGUGCGUGGAUGUUUGUAGGCAUUAUUUUAACAGCCUUAAUCAAAUCUGAUUUGCGGAGACACACUGUAAAUUCUGGGAUUUUGAACACAGACAUUAAAGCUGUACCAGUUGACAGUCCUACAGAGCAUGAAAAGAAUAACACUGUGUUAAAAAACCAGUCAGAAUCAGCCGUGUGAGGCAGAUGGAAAAUACUCUAGAAAUGCACAAGUUUCAUGUAAUAGCGAACUGCACUGAUUAGCAUAAUCACUGGAUUUGUAUGUAUGAGUAGUACGAAUUUUGUUAGACUAUUGGUGUGAGUCGUGCAGUAUUACUGAAUGAAGUUGCACAAUUCAUUUUGCCUGAGGCAUAAACAGUUUUAACUUUAUAUUGAAUAUUUAUCAUAGCGUUUUUUAAAUUGGUAGUCUCAUUGGUAAAGGUUUCUAUGAAUGUUGUCCACCCUCCUGAAAGCAGUGCAUGCUCAGAAACUUAUGGUAAAGAACUUGCAUCUCAAAAUAUAAAUGUCAUAACAAAUGGCCAGUAAGUUUUUAAUGAAGUCAAUACAUUUGGUUAAUUCAUUUGCCCAAAGUCAUACUUUCCUGAUGCACAAUCCAUUACUGGGGAGAGAGGGACUGAGCAGACACACAACUGAAAGGGAUUGAUAUUUUAACAGUAUUUUUAAUAUAAAUGUGUUGCAAAUUUUAAACCAGUCCUUCUGUUUGAGGGAUUCUGUCUUUAGCACAAUACAUAGAACAAAAAAAUAAAUACAAAUUUACAGGCAUGAAUGUGUCAGUGAGUGAAAUCUGAAGCUUUAAUUGCCUUGGGGAAAACCACAGUAUAUAAAACUUGUUGUUCCCCAAUACAGGCAAGAGGAAAGGCUUUCUGCAUAAAUUCAUCAUAAUACUUACAGUGGAGACCUAAUAGUGAUCUAUUGAAUAUUGAAACUCUUUUACAAAGGUAAAGUGUUCAUAGGCAAUGGAGUGCUGUGACUUGAUAUACCUCCAUCAAAUGCUUUGAAUGCUACUUUAGAUAGCUGAUGUGAGAUGAGUACAUGUUUACAAAAAGAUUGUGCCUUUAUUGCUGAACGUUGUAAACAAGAGCCUUGGCUCCAUCUAAGUUAUAUCUGUGUGUCUUACGUUGUUGUGGAAAUUCCAUUGUACAUGUUUAAACACCUCCUCUGUGUAUUUGCUGACUUAACAGAAAAUGUCUUCCAUCCUUACCAUGUCUCUGCAUCAUGAACUGUAAUGAUAGUCUCUAGUUAAAUGCUUGUGUUUAUCAUGUAACUUGCAAACAACUUGCUUAGAAGUAAAACACAUUUGUCCUUCAGCUUUAAACAAAUUGUGAAAGGGAAGUGCUUCACGGCAUCAGCUGGAGCAUCUGCUCUUUGUACUGUGGGUCAUAAAUAAGGCUGAUUUUUGUCACAGUGAUCAUGGAAAUCAU